CGUAGGAAUCUGAAAUUAUUUCAGAUAGCAUCAACGAACUAUUUCGUUUGUAUAAUGGUUGGCGCUAUUUUGCGGCUUCGGGGUUCCCAGAAGGACAUGGUGGUUGAAAAGGAGACUGAACACAAGUUAAAAUUCUUCUCAUUCCAGUAUGACAAGUAUCCCUGGUUGUGUGGUUUAAUGAUAGUGUAUAUAUUGCUUGGUUACUACACCAUCUUCCUCAAUUCAUACUCUUCUCUUAUCAACCAUAUCAUCCUCUACUCUCAGACAAACCAGAUCAGAUCAACUCUUGGGUUUGGAUUUAGCGGAAACCUGGUGGGAUACCUCUACUUCGAGGACGUGUAUGCUAUCAGAAAUAUUCCGGAUUAUAUCUCGAAAGCAAUGGGUGCAGAUUUGAGGUACUUAUUGUUUCAGCUGCUAAUGACCAUCUCUGGAUAUAAUGCUGCCCGUUUCAAGCUCUUCACCUGCAGAUUGUUAUGUGACUCAGUACGCUUAAAGAAAUGUAUGCAAACAGCCCUUUUAAGUCUGGUGUGUGGCUGGUUGUUCUUGGACUCUGCAUAUUCUCUAGGACUCCUUCAGCAGGCUGUGUUUUACACUAUCAAAUACAAGCUUAAUGUGAACAUUCUGGGCAUGCAUCCGAUCCUCGCCAUCCUAGUUCUAGCCGUAGCGACAGUAAUAGGUUUCUACAUCUCGUUCCAGGUUUUAAACGAGUGUACGUCAGAUAAAGAGAAAAAGACUGAGAAUAAAUCUGGAAAAAUAUCCAACAAGUUCAAGGAAAUGUCUGAAAACAAUGAUCCGGUCCUCCCUAUCUUCGUUCUAGCCGUAGCCACAGCUUCGGCUUUCUACGUAUCUGUAGCUGCACAGGAGUCAGGGUAUGACGGUAGGAAGAGUAAACCUGGAAAAAUAUCCAACAUGUUCAAGAAAACAGCUGCUCCUCAAGUGAUAUGCUCCAAGUUCCUGAGAUUUUGUUCACGAGUUUACCUAAUUCUUCUCGGCCUAACAGUUCUAGCGUUCUCAAUUUACAUUCAAGUUGGUGUGAUUCUUCUGCGUGCAGACCCUGCCUACCUACCCAGUGUAACCUACAACAAUGAAUCCUAUCCUACAAUGAACGGAGUUACAUUCUACGUGAAGGAAGACCUUGAUCUAAAACAUGAACAUGUGGCUCUCCCCAUAAACCUAGGGUUCAACCUCCCCAUGGAGUUCUACAGUCUUAACUUUAAUAGCUCCUGUACAGAUUGUGAAGAGUUUAUUUUGAGCCAAAGUUAUAGUUCUACUAGUUUGAUGGUAGUUCAGGCAACUAUCUGGGGACUAGCGGCCACCAAACUCCUUCUCAAUACCAUCUGCUGCGGAUCUCAUACACAAAGCAACUUGUUUAGGAUCCUUCUAUGGUCGUCUCUACUCCACUUCUACACUAUCCUCAGACAGAGCUGGUCUAUGGUCAGGUUUUGUGGCAACUCAGGACUCUCGAUCCUGAUUGUCCUAUCUGCUGCAGGGUUUGUCAUCAACCUUGUUAUUUUAGUUCUCUUCCAGAUAAGCUCACGGAGAUUGUAUACCUCCAGCAACAAUCCCAAGACUGCUCUUGUUCUUCCAUUUUAAGAAGACUAGAACUGCCUCAUUUUGAGGAUAAUACAAGAUUUUCUACGGGUCAUUUAUCUAGACUUUUUAAUAGAUUGAUUUUAAUUCUCGCUUAAAAUAUAUUUUCGUCAAUCCCUUUGUCUCAAAUUGUUCACAUUUUAAUCUAGUCGGUAGCUCUGAUUGUACAAUGCACGCUCACUGCGUUUACAGACAGGGCACUUGUGUCAAUUGGAUUUAGAUUAAAUAAUUAUUUUAUCCAUAGUCUAUGCCAGUGGUUACUUGAUGACUUUGUCAUUUUAUCUAUUUGUACACAUAUUGCAUUGAAUUGAAUUGACACUAUGUUAUAGUUUUAAUAUUUACACCUUAACUAAUUGAACCUAACACAACUCCCAAGCUUUCACUGUUUGUGAGGUGGGGUUAUAGAAUUUUAAUAAAAGUAAAACUGAUAAUAUUUGGAACUCUUCUCAAAACCUUAAGAUCCAGCCUUUUAAAACCAGUGUUUUUUUGAGAGGCCACGCGAUAAAUGUGUAUACUGUAUAUUUCA